GUUGUUGGCGACCCAUCAAUUAUCUACUCAAAAAAAGAAAGAAACAAAAAAAAUUGUAGCUUUAUGAAUGGAUCCCACCUCAUCAUAAAGUAAAAGUGCAAAAUAUAUAGUAGUAGAAGGCCUAAGGCAUUGAAGUUAAGCAAGAAAUGGAGGAGAAGCAACUGGAUUCUGUUCUGGUUCCGUUGGGGAUGGCCAUGUUUCUGGGUUACCACCUUUGGCUUCUCCUCACCAUAUUACACAACCCUAGAAGAACUGUCAUCGGUAUCAAUUCCCAGAGCCGUCACAAAUGGGUCAUCUGCUUGAUGGCUGAUCCACUGAAAAAUGGAGUAUUGGCAGUUCAAACGAUACGCAACAACAUAAUGGCGUCGACACUCUUGGCGACGACGGCCAUCACCCUGAGCUCACUGAUAAGCGUAUAUGUGAGCAACAAGGCCAGCUCGCCCUCCUCCAAAUUGAUCUACGGGAAUAAGUCCUCCUUCAUGACAUCUCUCAAGUUCUUCGCCAUCUUGCUCUGCUUCCUCGUCGCCUUCCUCUGCAACGUGCAGUCCAUAAGGUACUACGCCCACGUCAGUUUCCUUGCCACGGUGCCCACGUCUCAAGGCAGAAAGGAUGCAAUCGAGUACGUGGCCAGGAACUUGAACAGGGGGAGCUUCUUCUGGUCGCUCGGACUGAGAGCUUUCUACUUGUCCUUCCCUCUCUUCCUCUGGGUCUUCGGCCCAAUACCCAUGUUCCUUUGCUGCUUCGUUAUGUCGUUCCUUCUCUAUUUCUUGGACACCACCACCAACUUCACUAGAGAUCUGCACUCUCAUUCUAUCAAGCAGGAAGCCACUGUUGAGGAUGUGGACCCUGUACUUGUUCAUACCACAUGACCUAUUUCUGUCUAGGACUCUUAAAGUGCAACUUUGGUCUAUAAAUGUAGCAUGAAAUCUCCUAGCAAAAUGUAUCUCAUCAUAAUAGAGAUUACAUGAAUGCAGAAUUUGAUAAUGUCUGUCCACAUGAAGGCAGACAUUGAAAUGUCUUGAUAUUGAAAUGACAAAAACACUUUUCCCA